UGCAGUAGCAUUACCUUGCUUCCGCCACACAGUCCCACGCAACCGCAGCUCCCCCCUUUUCCGUCCCUUCCCAUCACCACCUCCGCCUCCGAUCCCCCUCUCUGCCGCGCUUCGGUCACCGUUAAACCGGACCUGCGCAAUGUGAAAGAAACAAUUAAAAGCAAAACAGAAAACAAAACCCUAGCUAAUUCAAACGCUUGGAGGGAAAACAACACAAGCUCAGAAUGGGGAAUAAAAUCGCGCGAACAACGCAAGCUUCGGCGACGGAGUAUUACCUGCACGAUUUACCGUCUUCUUAUAAUUUAGUAUUGAAAGAAGUCUUGGGCCGAGGACGAUUCCUGAAAUCGAUCCUGUGCAAGCACGACGAAGGACUUGUGCUAGUCAAGGUUUAUUUCAAAAGAGGGGACUCCAUUGACUUACGCGACUACGAGCGCCGCCUCUCCCAAAUUCGCGGUGUAUUCACUGGCCUCGAUCACCCUCAUGUCUGGCCCUUCCAGUUUUGGCUUGAAACUGACAAAGCUGCCUACUUGUUGAGGCAAUACUUUUUUAAUAAUCUUCAUGAUCGGUUGAGCACUCGACCUUUCCUCAGUCUUGUUGAGAAGAAAUGGCUGGCUUUUCAGCUGCUUUAUGCUGCAAAACAGAGCCAUGAAAAUGGAGUUUGUCAUGGUGAUAUUAAGUGUGAGAAUGUUCUGGUUACUUCCUGGAACUGGCUUUAUCUUGCUGAUUUUGCAUCAUUCAAACCGACGUAUAUUCCACAUGAUGAUCCUUCUGAUUUUUCGUUUUUCUUUGACACUGGUGGAAGAAGGCGGUGUUACCUUGCUCCUGAGAGAUUUUAUGGGCAUGGAGGUGAAACGCAAGUUGCUCAAGAUGCACCAUUAAAACCAUCAAUGGACAUCUUUGCUGUAGGGUGUGUAAUAGCUGAGCUAUUCCUCGAGGGUCAGCCAUUGUUUGAGUUGUCUCAACUGCUUGCUUAUCGUAGAGGACAAUAUGAUCCUAGCCAACAUCUAGAAAAAAUUCCAGAUUCAGGAAUCCGCAAGAUGAUUCUUCAUAUGAUUCAAUUGGAUCCGGAGGCACGUUUUUCUGCUGAAAGCUAUCUGCAGAACUUCUCUGGCAUUGUGUUUCCUGGCUACUUCUCUCCAUUUCUCCACAAUUUCUAUUCCUUGUUGAAUCCCCUUAAUUCUGAUGCAAGGGUUUUAAUAUGCCAGACGUCUUUUCAAGAGAUUCUUAGACAAAUGAUGAGCAGUAGUGUAGUCAAGGAGACUGUUUCUGGGGAGGCGCUUUCUUUAGAUGCUAUGCAUCAAUCUCUGCAUGGGACAGAUGCACAACAUAAUACAAAUGUGGAGAAGGACACCAGUAGCAAAAGAGAAAAGGUGGAUAAGGGCUCGAUUCAUGAUAGGUUUGAUCUUCUUGGUGAUGUUGGUAAUCUACUCAGGGAUGUGAAGGAAAAUAAUCGAUUUCAUAGCAUGAAACCGUUGCUGGAAGGUGUGGCUAGAUCUGCAUAUUCUCAAAACAGAAAGCAGUGUGAUGUGCAAUCUCCUGAUGAGCUGAUUCAGAGUAUCUCUAAUAUAUUUAACAGAAGUCACCAUCCCUUCUUAAGAAAGAUAACAACAAGUGAUUUGAACUCAUUAAUGUCGGAUUAUGACAACCAGUCAGACACUUUUGGUAUGCCUUUUCUACCAUUACCUCAAGAUAUCAUGAGCUGUGAAGGUAUGGUUCUGAUUGCCUCAUUGCUCUGUUCUUGCAUAAGAAAUGUCAAACUGCCAUUCAUGAGGAGAGGAGCUGUGCUUCUAUUGAAGUCGUGUUCCUUAUACAUUGAUGAUGAAGAUCGAUUGCAGCGUGUGCUUCCAUAUGUUAUUGCAAUGCUCUCAGAUCCAGCUGCAAUUGUGCGUUGUGCUGCCCUAGAGACUUUAUGUGACAUUCUUCCCUUAGUCAGAGAUUUUCCACCCAGUGAUGCUAAAAUUUUUCCCGAGUAUAUUCUUCCAAUGCUCUCCAUGCUCCCUGAUGAUCCAGAGGAAAGUGUAAGGAUAUGUUAUGCAAGCAAUAUAUCUAAGCUGGCACUUACUGCUUAUGGGUUUUUGAUUCACUCUAUAAGUUUGAGUGAGGCAGGAGUUCUCAGUGAAUCAAGUUCGCCACAGAAGUCACUCUCUACAUCCUCUGAUACAUCUGGAAGGAGAUACAGUCCAAAUAGUGAUGCACAGCUUGUGCAAUUAAGGAAGUCUAUUGCGGAUGUCAUUCAAGAACUUGUGAUGGGCCCAAAGCAAACACCAAAUAUCAGGAGAGCACUCCUGCAUGACAUUGGCAAUCUUUGCUGGUUUUUUGGCCAGAGGCAGAGUAAUGAUUUCUUGUUGCCCAUCCUCCCUGCUUUCCUAAAUGACCGAGAUGAGCAACUCAGGGCAGUGUUUUAUGGACAGAUCAUAUAUGUCUGCUUUUUCGUGGGACAAAGGAGUGUCGAGGAAUAUCUUUUGCCAUACAUUGAGCAGGCUUUAAGCGAUGUAACUGAGGCUGUAAUUGUGAAUGCACUGGAAUGCCUAGCUAUUUUAUGCAAAAGUGGAUUUCUAAGGAAGAGAAUCUUGCUUGAGAUGAUAGAACACGCUUUUCCACUGUUGUGUUAUCCUAGUCAAUGGGUCAGGAGGGCCGAUGUCACAUUCAUUGCAGCUAGCAGUGAGAGUUUAGGUGCAGUAGAUUCAUAUGUUUUCCUUGUGCCUGUUAUACGCACCUUCCUGCGUAGACAACCAGCAUCUUUAGCUUCAGAAAAGGCUCUUUUUUCAUGCCUAGAGCCGCCAGUGUCAAGAGAGAGAUACUAUCGUGUUUUAGAAAGUGCCAGGAGCUCAGACAUGCUGGAGAGACAGCGAAAAAUAUGGUACAACAGUGACUCACAGGCUAAAAAUUGGGAAACAGUGGAUUUUCUUCAGAGAGGGGUGAAGGAGCUGGAUCCAAUGAUGUGCUGGUCUGACCGACAAAGAGAUCUUCAGAGCAAUAAAGUUGUUGAACGUGCAAAUCUGCCUCUGGAUCUUGCAGAUUGUAAUGAUAAUGACCAGAAUUCAAAAGUUGUGGGCAACUCAGUGCAAAGUCCUAUGGCUAUGGAUUCUGGCGACUUCCUGGAUUCUGAAAAGUUGCAGUUGCCCGGUUUUAUCUCUCCACCUCUUAGUGGAAUGAACAGUUUAAUGGAGAAAUCAUCACAAGGCAUUCCUUUGUAUUACUUUAAAGUUGAUAACAAACGAGCUGCAGGCUCUCCAACAGUCUCUGAUUCAUCAUUACCAUGUGGUUCUUUAGGUUUUGGUUCUGCAUCCUUGCCAUGGAUGGAUCCAGUUAGUAAAUCAUUUAGCUUGGCCAAUUCAGAUCCAGCUCCUAAGUUUAUCUCAGGCUCAAUCAGCAUUGGUGGUGGUUCCACACAAUUGCGAAGGGUUGUACAUGAAGUUGAAGACAGGGAAAUGGAUCAAACAGCCUUUGUAAAUAACAAGUUUCUGGAAAUGGGAGUGUCUGGUACAACAAAAGGGAGUUCCCUUUCAAUUGAAAGUAAUUCUGCUUCAAGUGAGGGUGCAGAUGUACCAUCUUUUGGGCGAACAUCGACGAUUCCAGAUUCAGGGUGGAGGCCUCGUGGGGUGUUGGUUGCGCAUCUCCAGGAUCACCACUCUGCUGUUAAUGACAUAGCUGUUUCCACUGACCAUAGCUUUUUCGUAAGUGCAUCUGAAGAUUCUACUGUUAAAAUUUGGGAUUCUAAAAGGUUAGAAAAAGAUAUCUCAUUCAGGUCGCGCCUAACUUAUUCUUUAGAUGGAAGUCGAGCACUGUGUGUUGCUGUGAUCCAGGGUUCUGCUCAAGUUGUUGUUGGAGCUUGUGAUGGAGCUAUACACAUGUUCUCUGUUGAUUACAUAUCCGGGGGACUGGGCAAUGUUGUGGAGAAAUAUUCAGGCAUAGCUGAUGUUAAAAAGAACGGAGUUGGAGAAGGUGCUAUAUUAAACCUUUUGAACUACUCCCCUGAUGGUGGUGCUUGCAAAAUGAUUUUGUACAGUACCCAGAAUUGUGGAAUUCAUCUGUGGGAUACAAGAACAAGUUCAAAUGUUUGGAAUUCAAAAGUGGUCCCUGAGGAGGGUUAUGUAUCUUCUCUGGUUGCAGAUCCUUGUGGGAACUGGUUUGUCACUGGGUCAUCAAGAGGCGUGCUUACCCUUUGGGAUUUGAGGUUUGGAAUACCUGUCAAUUCAUGGCAGUAUUCUCUUGCAUGCCCAAUUGAGAAAAUGAGCCUUUUUGUUCCUCCUCCUAGUACCUCCUUCUCCCUAUCUACCAGACCUCUUGUUUAUGUUGCAGCAGGGUGUAAUGAAGUUUCUCUUUGGAAUGCAGAAAAUGGAAGCUGCCAUCAGGUGUUGAGGGUAGCAAAUAAUGAGACGGAUGCUGAAAUUUCUGACUCGCCUUGGGCAUUAGCCAGAGCAUCCAGCAAGGGGAAUGCCAAAUCAGAUAUCAGGCUAAGUGCUAAUUCGAAAUAUAGAAUCGAUGAGUUGAAUGAACCACCUCCACGUCUUCCUGGCAUCCGUGCUUUACUUCCGUUGCCAGGCGGGGAUCUAUUGACAGGGGGUACUGACUUGAAAAUACGUCGCUGGGACCAUUCCAGCCCUGAUCGAAGUUAUUGUGUAUGUGGACCAUCUAUAAAGGGAGUUGGAAAUGAUGAUAGUUUUGAGACAAAGUCUUACUACGGUGUGCAAGUUGUGCAGGAGGGCAGAAGACGACCUUUGACAAUGAGAUUGACCACAAAGACUAUCCUUGCUGGUGCUGCCACUGAUUCUGCAGGAUGUCACCGUGAUUCUGUCCUCUCUUUGGCUUCUGUGAAGCUGAACCAGAGGCUUCUGAUUUCGAGCAGUAGGGAUGGUGCAAUUAAGGUUUGGAAGUAGAGGACUCGGAAAUAACUGUUGUUCAUUGUAUAUAUUGUAGGUUCAGUAGAAAUAAUUGUACAGUAUUUACCAAAUCUGAAAUACAGAUUUUUGUGUUCCUAACUGCUUUACAUUUCUAACCUAGCUUUAGUUGUACAGCUUAAUGAGCAUAUUGUGACAUGUAUAUCUUCUUUUUGCAAUGGAAAUGAUGCUUUCAUUUGUGUUGACA